AUGGCUCGAGGUGUGUCGAAUACGAGGACGAAUGGCGUUCGCAUCGUCGAGGUCGGACCUCGCGACGGUCUGCAGAAUGUCAAGACGGCGAUCCCGACCGCCACGAAGCUGGAGCUCAUCGCUCGUCUACGCGCUACGGGUCUGGAUACAAUAGAGAUCACGUCUGUGGUCUCUCCACGCGCCAUCCCGCAACUGGCCGAUUGUCGACAAGUGCUCGCGGACCAAGCCAUCAAGACAUUGCUACUCGACGGCAACCUUCGACUGCCGGUGUUGAUCCCCAACCUGAAGGGUCUGCAGAUUGCUAUGGAAAACUCGGUGCGGGAGGUGGCGGUCUUUGUGAGUGCCACCGAGGGAUUCAGCAAAGCCAACAUCAACGCCACUGUCGAUGAGGGCUUGUCAAGGGCGAGACAAGUGGCAGUGAAAGCUACCGCUGCAGGUCUGGCGGUCAGAGGAUAUAUAUCGUGCAUCUUUGCGGACCCCUUUGACGGCCCUACUCCGCAGGCCGCUGUCCUGAAAGUCGUGCGGACCUUGUUGGAUAUGGGAUGCUACGAAGUCAGCCUGGGCGAUACACUGGGCGUUGGCACAGCGGCCGACGUCGAAAGCCUGCUCCUGUAUCUCCAGAACAACGGCAUUCCACUGUCACAGCUUGCGGGGCAUUUUCACGACACCUAUGGUCAGGCCGUCAGCAACGUCUGGCAGGCUUAUCAGUGUGGUCUCCGUGUCUUCGAUAGCAGUGUCGGCGGAUUGGGCGGCUGCCCUUUUGCGCCUGGGGCUAAGGGAAAUGCUGCUACGGAAGACCUGGUGUAUUUGUUCCAGCAGGCCGGAGUUGAAACUGGGGUGGACCUUUCGAAGCUGAUGGAAGUCGGGAGCUGGAUCUCUGAGCAAUUGAAGAAACCAAACGAGAGCCGCGCCGGAGUCGCUCUGCUGGCCAAACGAGCGCUGCUUCAGUCUAGAGGUACGACGCAACAAAAGAGCCAAACCUCCCCAGCAUACACCUGGACGUUGGUCAAUGAGACGGAGAGCAUCAGGCUGUACCGAUCGGGAGUCAACCUCAAAGUGGUUCUCAAUCAGCCAAAGAAGGGCAAUGCUCUGACCACUCCCAUGAUCAACGAUCUGACGGACGUGUUCCGUCGGGCACGGGAAGAUCGCACUACCUCUCGAAUAGUCUUGACUGCCGAAGGAAAAUACUUUUGUGCGGGGAUGGACCUUGGAAAAGGGACUUCGCCGGUUGCGCAAUCAAGCGAAGUCAGCGACGCACAAUACGAGCGUCUCACACAGCUCUUUGAAGCAAUUGACAACGCCCCUCAAGUGACGAUAGCCGGUAUUAAUGGGUCGGCAUUUGGUGGUGGAGUUGGACUCGCCUUUGCGUGCGACGUCAGGAUCGCAGUCAAAUCUGCCACAUUCACGCUGAGCGAAGCCAAACUAGGAUUGUGUCCAGCGACCAUCUCGAAAUAUGUGGUCAGAGAAUGGGGGCUCGCUUUCACCAGAGAGGCCAUGCUCUCUGCGCGUCCAAUCCCGAUGGAUGAGCUGCGGUCCCUAGCCGUGAUCGCAAAGGUUGUCGAUGACCCCACACAGCUUCAGACAGAGUUGGAUCGAUACCUCGCUCGCUUGAAGGUGGCUGGUCCGGAAGCGUCUACCAUGUGCAAAGAAUUGAUCAGACUGGGCUGGCUCCAUUCCGGGGGCGCAGAGCAAGCCAAGGGGAUCAAGCAACUAUUUGACAAGAUGAUGCGCCCCGAUGGUGAAGCAGCCAUUGGAUUGAAAGCGUUUCAAGCCACCAAGAAGCCAUUGGACUGGGAUGAGAUUACCAUGACGCGGUCAGCAGCCGCUCCAAAGGCCAAGUUAUAG